ACGAAACUGAACCAUGUGACCAAUGGCGAUCUGAAGAGUGGAUGAGAAAAAAACUGUUUUACAUAAAACACCAAGGGCUAGUCCGACGAGGAUGGCAACUCUGUACUCCUAACAAGUAGCCUGUAACGCAUUUGUUGUCUUGUGUGUUACCUGUCGUUUUCAUUGGACCUAACCAUCUUGUUGCAAUUUCGUUUUUGACAAGGUGAGGCGGAAGCACUGCGAGAGGAAUCCACCUGCUCGAUGUUUCCCAUUUUGCUUCGAUCACCUGGACACAGCCUUAUCAAAGCUGACCAAGGAUGAAGUCCACACACUGAAUGUUGGAUCUAAUGAAAUGGACCCAAGCUGAUACUCCAAAGUCUCAGUCUGCCCUCACUUGACCUUGCUGGUCCAAGGAAGCGAUGGCAGCCAGUCCAGAGGCGAUGGCCAUACCUGGAGGAGUCGUGGUGGGGAGUGUUUUACUGCUGGUGCUAAGCAAUAAUCCUGUAUGGGGAAAUAAUACCAGUCUUGCAAGUGAAACCCGGUCCAAUAAUACCACGGGACCCAACAUUGCAGCUAUUGUUGCCCCCACGGUCACCCUGGGUGUUUUGGCCAUAGUCUUGGCUGUUGUCUUAUGGCUCUUCUGUGUGGUGAAGAAGAAGAGACAGACUGAAGGGACAUAUAGACCCAGUGCUGAAGAACAGUCUGGUACUUGCAGUAUGGCGGCACCAGAUGCAUUGAAGUUACCAAAAGAAGAAAGACUCAUAUGAGAUGUUGUGCAUUGACGCUAGCAGCAAAGACUUGCACUGCAGAUGAACUGUGUGAAGAGGGUCCGUCUUUCUGGUGAAUGAAAGAACAAUCUCUCCAAGAUUUAUGGAGAGACAGGUUGCCAAGUGUGCUCACCACCAUCAUUUCAACAAGCAUCAAACGGUUCCAGAAUGGCGCUAUCAUGUAACACACCUGGAUGUGUGGAUCUCAGUGAUUUCAAGAAUAAUGAAACACUUCAAGGAGGUUUCAAACAUUUCUUCAACAUAAAUGAAACCAGACCAGCAGUAUUUUAUCCCAGUUGAUAAUUUGAGUUAUUUUACUUGUUAAUGUUGAUUCAUGUACAAUCAACCAUGUACCUGUACUUGGUUUAAUUGAUUCUUUUAUGGAUCACUGUCACCUACAUUGUCUAUUCUGAUCUUUUACCUCAAACUCCUGUUUAUUUUAAGAGUCCUGGUCUGAUUUCAAAUUGAAAGACUGUUUUUUUUGCCAUCUUAUCAAAAUGCUGGCCUGUUUAGUUCAGAAAAGGCUGUUUUUAAAAACGGGAUUUUAGUGAUCAGUUUCACAAAGGAAAACAAAAGAUUGUUUACACUCCAGGUUCCACAUGUAAUCAAACUAUUUCAAAGCUAAACAAGCCGAGCAAAAUGCAUCUUAAUCAAGCAGAUACUGUAUUUUUAAAUGUCAAAGACUUAUUUAUGCUUUUGUCAAAUAAAUAGGAAAAAAGUUUG